GUGCGACGACAAACAUUCCCCGCUCAUCCGCAUAACCAUAUGUAGCUGCACUCAUUACCAGCUUGGCUGUUGUGCUUUUACGUCCCAUGUUCCAUUUCACUUCAUGAACCGGGCAUUGCGCUCGUUUCCCUCCGCAUCCGCUCCAGAUAAUUGCGGCUUUCUGAUACUCCUUUUUACCUUCUCCUAAUCCUUACGCUCAUUCCCAUUUUCCUAUCUUGGAAUCCACUAGACUGUACCUGAUCCAAUCAUGGCCCCAAUUCCAGAAUCCUACGAACUGCGCCGCGGAAAGUACGCACGCAUUGACGACCCGGCCGACGACGAAACACCCACACGAGCAUCCUUCUCCUCCGACACGUCCUCGUACGAAGACCUCGAAGAAUUCGAUCCCCUGAAUUACGAUGCCGGGACUUUGAAAGUCAAGAGGAGUGCUACAGAUCUUAGGGCAAAAAGGCGGAAAGCCUCGCUACGGAAAGAUGUCGAGUUCGGGGAGAAGCUGAAAGAGACCGGAGGAAGGAGGAGGAGAUGUGUACCAAGUAAACUGUGCUGCGGCUUAGUCUUGCUCUUUGUAGCAAGCGUAGUCCUCCUCCUCUCUGCAGGCGGAAUCUGGGCCUGGCGCUCCGCUCCCCUAGACGGCCAGUCUCCGCCUUGGUAUCCGACACCCAAGGGCGGUACAGACCCAUCCUGGAAAGACAGCUACGCCAAAGCCGCCGCUCUGGUGCGACAAAUGACGCUCGUGGAGAAGGUGAAUAUAACGACGGGUACGGGGUGGAGUAUGCAGAUGUGUGUGGGAAACACUGGACCAGUGCCCCGGUUGAAGUUCCCGAGUCUGUGUCUGCAGGACGGACCGCUCGGGAUUCGGUUUACGGAUCAUAGUACUGCGUUUCCUGCGGGGAUCACGGUUGGCGCGACGUGGAAUAAGGAGUUGAUGUAUUUGAGGGGGAAGGCGCAUGGGGAGGAAGCACGAUUGAAAGGCGUGAAUGUUCUUCUCGGUCCUGCCAUGGGUCCGCUAGGCCGCAUGCCAGCUGGAGGUCGCAACUGGGAAGGGUUUGGGUCCGAUCCCGUCUUGCAGGGCAUCGCGGCCGCGGCGACGAUUCGCGGCAUUCAAUCCGAGGGGGUCAUGGCGACGGCAAAGCAUUAUGUGGGGAAUGAGCAGGAGCAUUUCCGGCAGGCGUGGGAGUGGGGAACGCCGAAUGCCAUUUCGAGUAAUAUCGACGAUAGGACGUUGCAUGAGGUUUAUGCCUGGCCGUUUGCGGAGAGUGUGAGGGCCGGCGUGGCAAGUGUGAUGUGUUCCUAUAAUCAGGUGAAUAAUAGCUAUGCCUGUCAGAACAGUAAGCUCAUGAACGGCAUACUGAAAGACGAGCUGGGCUUCCAGGGCUGGGUCCAAAGCGACUGGCUCGCGCAGCGCAGCGGCGUUGCGAGCGCUCUCGCUGGUUUGGAUGUCACCAUGCCGGGGGACGGGCUGAAGUGGGCAGACGGCAAGAGUCUAUGGGGUCCCCAGCUCACCAGGGCUGUUUUGAAUGGCAGCGUUCCCAUGGAGCGUUUAAAUGACAUGGCCACACGCGUGGUUGCGGCAUGGUACCAGCUGGGUCAGGAUGACACCAGCAAAUGGCCUCUUCAACCUCCUGACGGUGACGGCGGGCCCAACUUCUCCUCGUGGACCGACGAGGAGAUCGGCCUGCUUCAUCCUGGGAGCACGGAUAAGACUACUGGCGUGGUCAACAAAUUCGUCGACGUGCAAGGCGAAGGCGAAGACUUCCACGGCAACCUUGUGCGUCGCAUUGCAGCAGAAGGCACUGUUCUUGUCAAGAACGAGGGUAAUCUUCUCCCCCUCAGCCGCAACGGCCGGAAAGAAGGCACGAAGCGAGCGAAAGGCACAGUAUUCCGCGUCGGUAUAUUCGGCGAGGACGCACGCUUGAACAGGAACGGCAUCAACGCUUGCAAGGAUCGUGGAUGCAAUGACGGUACUCUUGCUUCCGGCUGGGGCUCUGGAGCGGUUGAAUUCCCGUAUCUGGUUGAGCCGUUUGCGGUGCUAAGAGAGGCAUUUGAUAACGAGACAGUCACUGUGACCGACUGGCUCGAGAACACCAUCCCUGAGGACAAGAGCAUCAUGGAAAAUCAGGACCUCUGCAUCGUCUUUGCGAACGCGGACGCCGGAGAAGGCUACAUUGCAUGGAAAGACAUCCGCGGCGACCGCAACGACCUGCACCUACAAAAGAACACCGAAGCUCUGAUUAGCCACGUCGCAUCAUUUUGCGGUCGCGGUCAAUCCCCCGUCCUCGUCGUCAUCCACACUGUCGGCCCUGUCCUGCUAGACCCAUGGAUCUCCCAUUCCAAUAUCCACGGCAUCCUCAUCGCGCAUCUGCCCGGCCAGGAAUCGGGAAAUGCUCUCGUGGACGUGGUGUUCGGGGAUGUGAAUCCCAGUGGGAAAUUACCAUAUACGAUUGCGAAGAAGGAAGAGGACUAUGGACAGGGUAGUAAGGUUAUUUACUUGCCUGACUUGAGAGAGGGGUUGGUUGUGCAGCAGAACUUCUCGGAGCCGGGGAUCUUUGUGGAUUAUCGAUGGUUCGAUAAGGAGGGGGUUGAGCCGAGAUGCGAGUUUGGGUACGGGCUGAGUUACACGACGUUUGCGCUUGAAGGGCUGAAGCUGGACACGUUGGGCGAGAGGACGAUGUUGCCGAAACCGAGACCGCAUGGUGUGGAGCCGCCAAAGUUUGACAACAACAUGCCGGAUAAGAAGAGUGCGCUGUUCCCCGGGGGCUGGAAGAGGAUCGAGAAGUACAUCUACCCCUGGCUCGACUCGGUGGAUGACAUUGAGCCUACCGUGGCGACAACAGCAUCCGCUUCGGCAAUUCCCCAGAGCCCACUUAGCCCCGCGGGUGGCGCGCAAGGCGGAAACCCUGAUUUAUAUACUCCGCUCCUAGCCGUGGAAGCGACGGUACGGAAUAUGGGUGCGAGGGACGGAGCCGCGGUCGUCCAGCUGUAUAUCGAGUUCCCUGCCGAUUAUCGUGAUCCGGAGACGGGGGAGAAGGUGGAGUUUCCCGUUAGGGUGUUGAGGGGGUUUGACAAGGUGCAGUUGAAGAAGAAGGGGGAGGAUGGGGAUAGGGAGAGAGUGAGGUUCGAGGUUAGCAGGAAGGACUUGAGUUAUUGGGAUGUUAGGAGGCAGAAUUGGGUCUUGCCGGUGAGUGGCAAGUUUGGGGUUAUGGUGGGGUUUUCGAGUAGGGAUUUGCCGCUUAACGGGGAGUGGUAGGUGGUGAGUGGGUGGAUGGGAGGAAGUGGAUGGUUGGACGCGUGGUGGAAGGAAGCAGGGCGUUAUAUACCUAUCCAUAUUUCCGUGUGUGUUGAAUUUGAUAUCCAGUUCACUUUCAUAUUUUUUUCCCUUCGUCGGGUGGAGAAUGGCUUUGCAAUUCUCUCGAGGCAAUGAGGCCGGGACACUUUUACAACGACACGCGUACUAGAAGAGUCCUAGGCCAUGCUGAAGAUCAGAAAUGCCAGGAUGGGUCCAAGAUUGGAGCAAGGUAGCUCUUCCUUUAUUUAGU